AUGGCCAAGAACUCAGCUGACACGAAGAAGGCUUCGCCCAAGAAGGACGAGUCUAGCCCCCUUCCUCCUCAGCUUCUUGCUGCUGUCUCUUCCUUCUUGUUCGACAAUGGCUUCGCCGGUGCGAGCGCCUCUCUCGCUAAAGACCUGAAGAAGGCCGGUCAGGCUCAGGCCGAGGCGAAAAAUGUGCCGUCUCUCCUGGACAUCUACCAGUCGUGGGAGAAGUCCGCCUCGAAUGACUCUUCGAGCUCGGACAGUGACAGCAGUGAUUCCGACAGCGACAGCAGCUCCAGCUCCGAUAGCGAUGCCAGCGACUCAGACGUUGAGAUGGAAGAUGCGCCCAAGAAGGAUACCAAGUCUGCUCGCGCCGCCUCUCCCGCUUCGUCUUCUUCUUCUAGCUCCAGCUCUAGCUCUGAAAGCGACGCCGAUGAUGAGAGCGAGGACGAGGCCGCUCCCAUUCCCUCCCCCGCUGUGAGAAAGCAGACUGGCACUAAGCGCAAGGCUGAGUCCAGCAGCGAGUCGUCUUCCGACUCUAGCUCUGACUCCGACUCUUCUGAGGACGAGGCUCCCAAGUCCAAGAAGGUCAAGGUAUCCAGCUCUGACUCUUCUUCUGAGGAGUCCUCGGAGUCUGAUUCCGAUUCCUCUGAUUCCUCCGAUUCUUCCAGCUCUAGCGACUCCAGUGACUCCAGCGACUCCUCUGACUCCGACUCUGAUGCUUCUGAGUCCGAGAAGAAGUCUGCCAAGAAGAUCGAUUCCGAGGCUCUGAAGCAAGCGAAGAAGACUCCUCUCCCAGAAUCUAGCAGCUCAGACUCCUCUUCGUCUUCCGACAGCUCUGAUAGCUCUGAUGACGAGAAGACUGGCGGUGUUUCCGUUUCCAAGAACGACUCUGACACUAGUGCUACCCUCUCUGCUUCUCCCGUUGAGGGUACUUCCUCCAGCUCCAGCCCUGCCCCCGGCAACGGCCCGGCUAAGAAGAAGCACGUCGGUGCUCGCCCCACUCCCCUCGCUCUUCUGAGCCAGGAGCCCUUCGAUGGCCCCAUUAACGACUACGUUUCCUACGCCUAUGCCGAUCGUGCUUACGCCGACCUCUCGGUCACCCGUGGCAAGGGCUUCACCAAGGAGAAGAAUAAGAAAAAGCGCGGCUCCUACCGCGGCGGCCCCAUUGAUAUCACCGGGGGCAAGUCCUUCAAGUUCGACGACUAA